AUGUCAUUAGGUGUCUCUCUGUCACAACUCGUCGAAGAAAGUUUAGAUCAUUUGACUACAGGUAUUCCAGAGCUGGAUGAGGCAUUAUCUGGCGGCUUGCAAUCCAGAUCUAUAUAUGAGGUUUAUGGCCCGCCAGGAAUCGGGAAAACACAUUUUGGACUUCAACUCAUUCAUGAGAACAACAGUAAGUGUAUUCUAGUGAUUGACGGCCAUAAGACUACCCCACUAAACCUUGUUUCUAGGUGUAAGUCACAGGAUUCAGAACUCGAGGGAAAGUUGGACACUUUACGUAUCACAAAAUUUAGUCAGCUGGUCUACUUCUUCCAGGAACUUAAUGAGAGGUACGACUUGAUUAUACUAGAAGGAAUGUCCCAAAUUGUGAUAGAUUAUUUACAUGCACAUAUGAAUUAUAAGAUAUGGAAAGCCAAUAGCACUUUGCAUGGUUUUAAAAAUCGUAGCAUGAUUGUGUUAAUGACACAACUGACAAGAUAUGUAAACAAGCACAGGUCUUGCAUCAUAAUGCUCAAUGAUUCAAUGAACACGGCGUACCAAGACUACUCCGAUCAAAGUUUGGUCUCAUUUGGGGGGGAUGCAGCUUCAUUCCUUGUAAAAUCCGAAAAGAAACGUCAUGUUCAAACUCUAAAAAGUGCACUUGUUGCGAAUGCCAGUGUUGGUGGGAAAGAUUCUAGGUGGGAGGUUUUUGUUCGCUAUAGAAUAGGAUUGUUCUGGGACUGGAGUCCGGCUGGUCUGUCUAAACUACAUAAUGGAAGGAAAGGUGGGGUUCCAAAGAGAAUUAGAAUUGCAGUUGUAUUCCCAUUAAUGAGUAACCCAGCAACAUUUAGUGACACAACCCAUCCUACUGAAGAUGAGCAUGAGCUGGUUAAGUUAACAAUUGAUUCAAAUGGGUGGUUCAGAGCGCUGGGUGCUGCAAAUUCCGGUCUUAAUUCUGCAUACAAUCAGGUGCCCAGGAAACCACAACAAUGUGAAAGAAGUUCUCCAACUAGAGUCCAAGCAGACAAUUAUGCCAAACAAUUCCGGUCAUUUUCGGACAACGCAGUCGUUGCGCAAACACCCACACACACAUGCGAUCAAACCGUGUACCCAGCUUCUCCCACACUCGACGUAGAACUAUCCGUUGUGUCUGUGACUUCAGAAGCGCCUUCCCUUUUAUUACUACCACAAGGAGGUCGUGGAAGCCCAUCCCAUCAUGAACCAGAAAAAGCCGAUGUUACCAAGGCAGUGCCAGGAUAUCCAUCGAACGAGGAAUCAUACUUUUCCUUAAGGCAGCGGAACAAUAGCCCCGAUUUAAUCUCUUCCAAGGAGGUUUUACGAAAAAAAAGAAGCAAAAAUUAG